AUGGCUCAAUGGACAUUAACCGAUGAAAAUCGCAAAAUCCUGAACAAACUUCUAACAGAAAAUUCGGUUCCUGCAAAAACUGCAAGCGCUAUUAAAGAAAUAACCAAAAAAACAGUUUUAACUUUUGAAGACAUCACAAACAUCAAGAACAAAUUGCCCGACGAUGUUCCAGUUUGCGUUUUCUUCAAUAAAUUGAAAUUAAGUUAUGAAGAUCACACCUAUAAAGCAUCCGAAGAAUUCCGCAAAAAGACAGAAGAGCUGAAAAUUCAACAAGAGCAAGAUUCCUAUAGAAGACUUGUUCGUUCAGUAGAUCCUUUGCAAAAGUAUGGAAGAACAGAUCACAUGGAGAAUUUCGGAGCAGAAAUGCGGACAGUCAAUCGGCAAGUGAUGUCGGUAGUCAAUGUGAUCAUCACAGUAGUUGGAGCAUUCUUUUUCGGCUUUUCUGGUGUCACAUAUGCCUAUCCCCAUCUGAAGCUUGAUCUCGCUACUCGCUUCAUCAUCGGCCUCGUUCCCGCCACCAUCGUCUUCUUCGCAGAUCUUUACUUUGUCAUCAAAAGUAUGGAUAUGGGCGAAGAUAUCGAACCGCCAUCAACGACUACUCCAAAAUCCGGCGCGAAUUUCAGCUUUAAAAAUAUGGAAGAGAAAAAGAACGACUAA